GGCAGGUGCCGACAUCACGGCACAGCUCACUUGCUGAGGGCCAUAGCCUGGAGCUGUUAAGGUGGCAAAGCCAGGGCCUCACUACGCCACGAUGGAGGCCUGAGGCUCUGUCCGCAGAGGCUGCCUGAUGUGUCAGGGCCUGGCUGUGGCAGAGUGCUGCAGGCUCUGAACGCCGUUGGCCAGCGCAAGCUCAGCCCGUGCUGCUCAGCCCAGUCCCCUCGGUGGGCUUUGCCGCGUGCCCUCACCUUGGUAGAGGCUGCAAGGCCUCUAUCUGUCAUUUGCCGAGCUAGACCCGGUAGUGGAGCAGGCACUGCCUGGCCCCGACCAUGUCUUGCAUCCACUACAAGUUCUUCUCCAAGCUGAACUAUGAUAUGGUCACCUUCAGUGGCCUCGACAUCUCCCUUUGCGACCUCAAGUGCAAGAUCAUGCGCAAGGAGAAGCUGAAGGCAGCCAACUGUGAUCUGCAGAUCAGCAAUGCCCAGACCAAAGAAGAAUACACAGAAGACGCCCUGAUUCCUAAAAACUCAUUGGUAAUUGUUAAAAGAAUCCCUGCCGGAGGAGUUAAAGCUGGCAGCAAAACAGAUGUCACGGCUCCUCAGUCACGCAAAAUCCCAGGAGCAGCUUCUUUCAGAAGCGGAACUGAGCCAGCGAGCAGAACAUCAGAAGCAAACUUGAAUACGCAUUUAUUUUUUGCUGAACAAAUGAAGGAUGAGUCUUCUGCAUCUGUUUCUCUGGCCCAGCUUUCAAAGACUGCCAACCUGGCUGAAGCCAAUGCUUCUGAAGAAGAUAAAAUAAAAGCCAUGAUGAUACAGUCUUUCCGUGAAUAUGGUCCAGUCAAUCACACAAAGAAGCCCUUGGGUACACCUCCACCAUCAUAUGUUUGCUUUUGCUGCGGAAAACCUGGCCACUAUAGAAAGGACUGCCCAAGAAAUGGGGACAAAAAUGUUGAGUCUGUUCCCAGACUGAAAAGGAGCACAGGAAUUCCAAGGAGUUUCAUGAUAGAGGUGAAAGAUCCCAACACAAAGGGUGCAAUGCUGACAAACACUGGAAAAUAUGCAAUACCGAUUAUUAAUGCGGAAGCUUAUGCUAGAGGAAAGAGGGAAAGACCUCCAUUUUUACCAAAGGAGCCAUCCUCCUCCUCUUCUGACGGUCCUGCUCCGGAUGAGCUGUUAUGUCUCAUUUGUAAAGAUAUAAUGACUGAUGCAGCUAUUCUUCCCUGCUGUGGAAGCAGUUAUUGUGACGAAUGUAUUAGAACGGCGUUGCUGGAGUCUGAGGAAUACACAUGCCCAGCGUGUCAUCAGACAGAUGUUUCUCCUGAUGCUUUAGUUGCCAACCAGAGCCUACGCCAGGCUGUGAACACCUUCAGAAAUGGAGCUGGCUACACAAAAAGGCUCCGUAAGCAGAUUCAGCAGCAGCAGCCGGAGCCACCACCUCCAGCACCACUCACGACAGGUAUCCCUCCUGCUGCUUUGGUGACUGCCGCUGAACUGCCUCAAUCUUCCUCUCUGUCAAUCAGCAGGUUGUUGGAAGAGAAGGGCUGUCAAGUUCCUGUACGAAGACAACUAGCACUACCAAGUCUUCUGGGCUGCCAAGGGCAAUCAGUACCCACAACUGGUCCUCCGAGGGCAGACAGUACCAUCCGCUCACCAGGUGCCAGAACAAGCUGUGGACUGUAAGUACGCUAUAGAAAUUCAGUACAUAACUACUUGCAACCUAGGCUGUAAGGUAUGACUUACACAACAGCUGAUCGAUAAUCAAAUAAGCAUGCACAGAGAGCUGCGGGGAAUACAAUUGGUAACUGAUUUUUAAAUGGCUCAGUUUGAAUUGGCUGUAAGAAAGGGGAUACUGCGUGCUUGCAGUAAGAUUAUUUCAACUAAAACUCUGGUACAUGAUUAAAAGGAAGACUGAAAGAAGGAUGCUUUUUGAGAAAACCAUAAGUACAUAUAAAAAUUAAACACGAUUAAAGAAUCAGAUGGAAAGCUUUGGAUUACUGGCUGAGUAGGGCUGAAGAAAUGGGGUUUUCAGUAGAAAUCAUCGUCCAACAUUCUUGUUUUAACAACAUAGUUGAUACUGAUUGAGGCAGUUAUUGGGAAAAUCAGUGCUGUCGUUUUAUGACAAUUCUGAAUUUUUUCCACUGAGGCAUCUCAAACGGCCAAGCUGCUUUCUCUCAGGUGGAGAGAGAAGAGCCUGUUUCUGUGUCAUGUUAGUCCUUCCGUUUGGUG